CACCGACUUGAUACAAAUGAUCCGCUUGUACACGCCCAAACGUAGCUCAGAAAUGAAGUCAUGGGCGUUGAUUGGGAAUGUUUUGGCUAUGCUACUGGCUAGCUAGCUAGCUAGUUUAACAGGGGAAGCAGCCUUCGUGGAUUUGCAUUUAAUUUGCACUUCAAUGGAGGACCGGACCGAUGGAUGGUUAUCUGAGGGAUGUUUGAAGCAUGUAGACGAGAGUCACCCCGGGCCACCGAACGCAUGGGUAGAAAAUGAUCAACAGCACCAGUACGAGGAAGCGCAGACGGAGAAAACGGGUCCGAAUGUCCCUCCAUAAUCUACUACAGUACUGUAGCAACAAACUUUUGAGCCGUCACUAGCCAGCUUGCAGCUAGCUAACUACACAGCUAGCUAUUAUAUAAAACGUAAUGGAAAAAUAAAUGGAAGCCCAGUGGAGAGAGAACACCCCUUCUGUUCCUGUGGAUGCCCUUCAUUACUCAAGCAGCAAACAACUUGAAACCCAAACCUCCCUGGAAGCUCCUCGCCACUCACACAAAAGGCAGUAGCAAUAACCAUUUUAAGAACAGUAUGAAUUGCAAAAAUGACACGCCUUCAGAGUUGAAAACACAUGAUGGCAAGAGCGAGUCCAUUGCUUUAACAAAUGGCGUUGUGCUCCUCAAACCUGACCUGUAUGCUAACGGCUACCCCAGCAUGCCUGGACCAGACAGUGGUGGCAGUGGUUCUGAGAGUGGAUACAUCACUCCCAAGAAACGCUGGGCUCAGCGGAGUGCAAUGGCAGAGGAGAGUGUGACUGCUCGGCAGGAGAAGGCUACGCUUCAGGCAGUUAUGGUCACUAACAAACAUGACACGGAGCCUCACACUCCAGAGGCUGCUGAUACAGCAGCAGGCUCACAGUCUCCCAUUUCCAUCACAAGUGUCCCACCUGUGGCUCAGGUUGGUGAACUACACUGUAACAACUCUGACGGCAAGGCUGUUGCAGGCUCUGUUAAAAAGCUGGAAGACAGACUAAGCAAAGCUAAGCUUACCUCCACAAAGGAUUCAUGGACCCUCUUUAAACCACCCCCUGUCUUUCCUGUGGACAAUAGUAGUGCCAAGACAGUGCCCAAGGUCAGUUAUGCAAGUAAAGUGAAAGAGAAUCUAAACAAAGCAGGUGACACCUCCCCUCCCCAGUCCCAGGUGCCCACCAGACUCUCCCAAGUCCCCAUGUCUGCUGUCAAAACCAUCACCUCCCCUAGCUUCACCAAUGGACUCCUAUCUGGAGAGGGGGAUAGCUGCCCCCUCCCUGUGCCACUUUUCACCACUACUGUUUGCACUGGAGCAAUGCAUGUCUCCCUUCCCCGCAAGUGGGAGAACGAAUCAUCCUUGUCCAGCAACGGCACUAAUAUGUCGGGCACCUCCUCCGUUACUACCAGAGAACUGAGAAAGCCCAGUCUCCUUGUUUACCCCCUGGCCACUUCAAAUAUGCAACCAGCCCUCCCCAGCACCCACCAAGUGGACUCACCUGCCUCUAAGACAAAUCCCAAAGCUCUGGUGGACAUUUUCCAGAACCAGUGGGGGCUGUCGUUCAUCAACGAGCCCAGUGCAGGGCCCGAGGUGUGGCCGGCAGUGGGGAAGCCAGCCUUGAAAGGCCAGAUCGUGGAGAUCACCUUUCAGGGAGGUGGCCCUACAGCUUUGCCUCUGCAGGUCUCUGCCGCCUCCUCUCUGAGACCUGACAAGCCCCUCUUCCCAAGAGCUUACAAGCAGGACAAACAAACUAUGUCCCAAGUCCAUAGCAGUGUUGGGAAAUCAGACCCUCACUUGGCUCCUGGCCCUGAUGCUGCGCUGGGAGGCCAAGCCUCUGGCACAGACACUCUGAUUGGUGAGGCUGGGAGUAGAUGUGCCGUAGUGUCCUCUUCUAAGGACCCUGGUGCUGAGUUGCCUCUUGCCUCCCCUGCUCAUCCUGUGUCUGCUCUGGUGAAGGAGCACAGCCACCACAAGGGUUGUGACUCAAGAUCUUGGGGAGCGUUCGAUCUAAAAGCUGCUGUUAUCUAUCACACUAAAGAGAUUGAAUAUAUUCAGAAUUUACAAAAACAAGAUUCAAAAGGAGUUGUGUUCUAUGAGCAGUCCAAGGAUGGGCCUGUUAAGUCAUGACUGAGUGCUACGCCCUCUCCUGGCCGCUGCCUCAUGAAUUGGUUCCUUCUCCUUUCUGAGACUCAUGUGCAGGACUAACUUGAUGUGAGCAGCUUGUGCUGUAGAGGGGGGGGGGGAUCAGGCACAGUAUAGCAGCGACAGAGACCACAAUGAGCCUCUUACAGGGAUGCUGUCAUUCGGGAGAUUACAGGUUGGUUGAACAGUGGGGGAACAAAACUGUUUGACAGGAAACGUGUCAGCAAGAGUGACUCAUACAUUUCGCUCUCAAUUCCCAUGUUCAGAGAGAGGCUUGUUGAGGACAUUAAGUGACGUGGGAUGCUCAGACAGUCAAUCACCACCUCGGCAUUCCCGCCACAUCUUUGGAAUCACAGGAUACUCUCAGCCUGUCUUGGAAGAUGAAACAUUUUGAUUUCUUUAGGAAUUCAAAAUGUUCAUAUUUGACCUUUAAGUUAUCACAGGUGUGUAAUUUUGAAUUCAGACUGAAUUAAAUGGGAAAGGUUUGAACGUUUUAGAAUGGUUGCCUUCUAGAUGUGUAAACCGUGUGCUGCAAGGUGAAAACAAGUUGGGGUUUUCUGCUUGUAUUCUAGGUUAAAUGCAAGCAACCAAAUAUCAUGGGGAAGGCUUUUGUAAGCUCCUGCAAAACAUAUAUUUUGGACUUUUGGUUCACAUGUUAUUUUUACCUUAUAACAGAAUUACACAUUUGAAAUCCCAGGUCAUUGGGUGGGUAGAUAGAUGGAACUUGUUCAAAUUAUGAGAAUAUGCGUCCCUCUCCCAUUGAGGCCUAGGUCUGUACUGGCUCAAAGUUCUGUUUAAAUUCUUUGGGCUCUGUUAAUACCGGACAGUUUUUUUUGGGAUGGUUUUUCUCAGGAUGUGUGGUGGUGGUUACCAACACUGCAGAGGCUAUACUUUUUCAUUUUUAUAUUUUCUGUUAAUCAUCCAGUUUAUAAAUCCAGGUUAUGCUUAACAUGCUACAUCUACGUACCAUCUCAAUGCUCCAAUGAGUGCCCCAUAUUUGUGUACGUUUUCUUUUAACAUUUAGCUUUUGAAGUUCUAGGGAGUCUUUCUCAUUGGAUUUUGCACAGGAUUGGCACUUAGGCAGUGACCACUGUAGGAACUCUCUAUAGAUUCAUACAGGGCAGUAUUUUAACCAGAACUAUGCAAAUGUUCGUGUUACAAAUCUCCUAUUGACAUCAAUGCAGGAUUUAGUGUAAAUUUAGGACCGAUUUUCUCAAGUCUGUUUCACCUUCAGAGGAGAAUUGUUAGUAUUUCUUAUUCAUAGGGAAAGAAACAGUCCUUUCUGAGACUGUUAGUUGAGGAGUUUUCCCUCCCGAGUCCCCAUGCGUGAAUUUAAUCAGCCUACAUUAUGAUAACUGAUCACCACUUUAAAUGUAGAUUUAUCGAUUUAAUUAGUCAAAUUUAGUUAACUAAAUUAAAUCUCUAUACCAGCCAACUCUUUGGCCCCUAACAAUUACAGCACCUUUAAGUAGGACAGUCUGUUUGAUGUAAUAUAGUUAUUGACAAGUUUUGUCCAUGUUAAUACUCAACCAUGCCAAACUAAGCCAGAGUACAUCUUUGAACAGUCUGUCUAUCCUUGGGUUUUAAGUUAGAUCUUUACUUACUCUUAAUUUCACUUCUGGGGAUUGUCAGGCUGCGAUCAGUUUGAGAAUUAUAACUAACUUUCUUUAGGUUGGUUUCUCAGACUGGGUCACGCUUUUUAGGUCAGUGUUUUAAUUGUCAGGGUUAAUGUGAAAAUAUAAGUCUGUAUUUGACUGAAUGGUUAAUUUAUGGCAUCUUAAUUCCUUUAGUUUGUGUCCCUCUAAAUCGCAAUUCAAAUAUUAGAAAGAAAUUUAAUAGCUCUGACGUUUGCAUUUGGUACUAAAAUUAUACUACAGUACAGUGUAUUUAGAAGUUGUGCCAUGUUGUGGACUGUUCAUACUGUCAUGUAUUAAGUUACGUUAAUUGUUGCUCAAUUUUCUUUUCCUGCUGUAGUUAUGCUAAGGAUUAACAAGUUGUCAGUUUCUAAAUCUAUUAAAAAUGUGAUUAGCUGAAACUUCCUGUAUUCUUGUUAUUUUAAAUGACUUACGGCUACACACUCAAGUCUAUUUACAAUAACUACCUUAUAAAUGAAAUCAGUCCCAUUCAUUUCCAUACAUUAGCAGUUUUUCCUCAUCUCAAGAUCUGAGGUUUGAAUGGAUUAAGAGAGACUCUCACAAAGCCAGGAAGGUAUAGAGCAGGGGUAUUCAACUCUUACCAACUCUGGACCUUGAAGCCAGUUCCACAGUUUCACCAGUGGAACUGGUGUUGAGGUUUAGAGUUGAGUUUGAGUGGUAUAGAGUAAUACUAGUGGACCUAACAGUUUCUAAACAUGUUGUGCAUGUUCCACUACAGUGGUUAGACAAGGAUGUUUGAGUCAUAGCUCAACACCCCCCUUUACCAAUGGCAUGAGUGUGUUAGUGAGAAAGAGGACAGACAUCUGAAAAUGGAGGUACUUUAACAGAGACCAGUUCUGUUCUCUUGCUGUUGGUGCCUCCUGUUAGAUGUGAUGUUUGGAGACUAACAUACUGGAAAUUGUGAAACUUAAUGAGAUAAAUAAGAGAAACACAAUUUGUUUCACAUUGUAUUAAUAAAACCUAGUUGACAUUUGUAUGCAGUUAGACAUGCUUUUGGUAAGGAAGUAAAAUAUAGUUUACUGAUAAUGAAUGACGGUCAACAUCACAGAUGUGACUGACCAGACAGAGCAAGAAUACAGAUUUACCAUACACACAGCAUUCUGACAAUAGAAAAACAUCCACACCAAUCAAAAUGCUUUUACUGGAUCAAUCAAUACAAAAUAUCAACAUUAGGCUACAUAAAGAGUGA